CGAAGGCGUUCGUAACCUGUCGUGCUUGUGUGACGGCGGAAGCGGGGUGUCUUUAAUAAGAAAACUUCUUACAAUACAUGGUAUAUGUGAUUUGCGAUGUGAUAUUAAAUUGUUUAGUCGUAUUACAAAAAUAGAUUUAAAAAAUAUAUUUGUAAUAAAAUAUGUCAAUUAUGGCGAAUGUGAUACGUUAAAAUCAUUUUUUUUUUGUUUGUCAAAAUUUCUAUAGAACUGACGCCGCAAAUAUCACCAUUUCUAGAAAUUAACUGUUAAUUUUUUUUAAAGUGAAUUUAUCAUGUUUGUGCGCGAUCCGUACGGCAUUGUAUGCCUUAUUAUUACCUACGGUGCGAUCUUCUAUGCGGACUAUAUUGUAGUUAUGCAGACAAUGCAAGCCAGUAUAUGGGCGCCACUGCAUGUUAUGCUAUUCAACACAGUCGUUUUUCUGUUGAGUACGUCACACCUCAAGGCAGUUCUUUCGAAUCCUGGCACAGUACCAUUGCCUGCAAACAGUACCAUUCUAAUAACUGUGAGAUGUCACCAAACACAAUAUAAUUUAACCGUGAGCUACGUUAACAGAACACUAAACAGCCAACACUCAAUGCUAAGCCAGUACUGGAAAUCACAUCACUUAUUCCCAACCCAGAUCGUCGGUAUGGCGAACAGAUUUAAUCGUUACCUAACCCAACUCGAAGUAGCUUAGUGCUAUUACAAUAAAAUCUGUGGCAAGUGGCAAGUGGUAAGGAAAGGGUACCACCUUGUAGCCUUUUUCUGUUGCUGCACUCGUAUUUAUCCUAAGCAAUCACUGCUGGCAACAAUCUUAAUUUCGCCUUACAUUUAUGAAGAGGCAUUCAACUGAAUUUAAUAAUUAAAGGCAAACGCGCACGGGAAACUUUUGACUGCGUUGUCCUUGGGGACUGAACAACAGAAACAGCACCAAUAAAACCACAAAAACGCAAUUGAAAUGUACAAGCCCCAGAAAAUGACUUUAUGAAUAAUUUAGUAUGAAAUUGUUGCCUUAACCGAGGGAAGUUAACCUAAAACUAACGGCUAAACACGAUGACAAUAAACGUAAAUAGACAGACUAAAGUAUUAAGGACUUAACAAGACUAACAAUAACACCAAAAGAUGUCAGGAUACAGUAUUAUUAAUAUUAAGCAAAACAAAAACAACUAUUCCGAGUGACUAUCAUAUCGAAGUAAGCGGAUAAUGCAGUUUGUGCGGCAAACCAAAGUCGUAGGUAGCAAUUGUUG